AUGGUCAGCAGCUUCUUUGCAGCAGCCUCCCCAAUCACCUCACGGCACAUAUUCACAGCGGCAGGCAGAACCAACUCCUCCGCUAUGGCUCAGCUGGUGGACCUGCGUUCUGAGCUGACUGAGGCUAAGGCUGAGCAAAAAGUGAUAGAAAGGGAGGUCCAUGACCAGCUCCUGCAGCUUCAUGCUCUCCAGCUGCAGCUCCAUGCCAAGCAAGGCCACGCUGAGGACUCUGACUCCAUCAAAGACAGACUGCCUGCACCAACUUUGGAAGAGAUGGAGCAGGAGCUCGAGGUCAGCAAGAAGGAGAAAUUAGCAGAGGCCAGGCUGGAGGCAGAAGUGAGACUAUUUAAGAAGGAAAAUGAGGCUCUUCGCAGACACAUGGCAGUACUGCAGGCCGAAGUGUAUGGAGCCAGACUGGCUGCCAAAUACUUGGACAAGGAACUAGCUGGCAGGGUUCAGCAGAUCCAGUUACUGGGCCGUGACAUGAAAGGGCCAGCACAUGACAAGCUGUGGAACCAACUGGAGGCAGAGAUUCACCUUCACCGUCAUAAGACUGUCAUCCGAGCAUGUAGGGGGCGCAAUGAUCCGAAGAAACCUCUUCUCUCUCCAGUGGGGCAUGACCCAGAUAUUUUGAAGAAGAGCCAGGGAGUUGGCCCUAUCAGAAAGGUGGUGCUAGUCAAAGAUGAUCAUGAGGGACUUGGAAUCUCCAUUACAGGUGGGAAGGAGCACGGAGUUCCCAUUCUAAUCUCAGAGAUCCAUCCAAGCCAGCCUGCAGACAGAUGUGGAGGUCUGCACGUCGGAGAUGCCAUCCUUGCUGUCAACAGCAUUAAUUUGCGAGAUUCCAAACACAAGGAGGCUGUCACCAUUCUGUCCCAGCAGCGAGGACAGAUAGAGUUUGAGGUGGUGUAUGUGGCUCCAGAGGUGGACAGCGAUGAUGACAAUGUAGAGUAUGAAGACGACAGUGGCCAUCGUUACCGACUCUACCUGGAUGAACUGGAUGACAGCAGCUCAGCAUCCCUGCAGGCUCUGGAAAAGAUGUCCUUGAGCAAUGGAGGAGAGAACAGAGACACUGGGAUCUCCAGUGAGACGACUGCAGAGGAAACCCCUUCAAAGCCUCCUGAGACUGACUGCUCCUCCUAGAGGCUCACCUUCGCCGUUGGCAUUUGGAGAUUUAACGAGAGGAUUGGUUGGAAAAUCCCUCUCAAAGAACUGAAGCAGAAAAUUGUAUAACAAGCAUGAGGACAUGGAAAAUAAACCGAGACGGUCUUGACAACAAUUUGAGGACACUUUAUGUCCUACAGGGACCUGGUAGGGGCCAGGGAAUCAUCUUUUACAAAAAAGAAAAAAUCUGUCAACAACAUUCUCUAUCAUUGUAGCGAGCAAAAGUGAGGCCACCCAUGCUCCAUCACAUGACAUGUUCAAUCGGCCUGAGAAACCCUGCAAACGAGAGCCCUGGUAGCUCACAAUAGUGUGUGGUAUGUUAUUUGUUCAGUGGGUCCUUGUCGAGACAUAAAGCCCUUCAGAGCCAGCAUUAAGCAAAACAAUCAAACAAUGAAAACUAUGCUGUUUGUCCGUUUUAGGCUGAAGGGAGCAAGUUCUCUUCCAUCUUCUAGAUAGUUUUAAUAAAAGUGACAAAUAGCGUUCCAAGUCCUUGAGGACAUUGCCCUGAAAACCUCGUCCUGGUAUGGAGUCCUAUUUCUGAGUCGGGGACUGUAGGUCAAAGUAGACCCGUUAUUCCGCCAUAGUUCUUUAACCUUGUUCCAUCACUAACAUAUUUUGCCAUGUCGCUGUAUGUAGAAUAUGGGGGGGUACUCAAGUAUGAUAUGCAAUCAUUCUUAGCAACGUGUUGCUCAAUACUGUAUUUAGUUGUUGCUUUUUUCAUUGUGUCACAUUGCAGUCUGUUACACCUCACAUCAUUUAAUGCAGUAGAAUACAACAAAGCACAAACUACUGUAAAGUGGAUUGAGAGUGUCUCACACAGAUCCAUUAUGGUGCCCAGCUUUUGUCUGUGUUGUCACCAGUGACAGUGAGGGAACCCUGAGUACGCCAUGACUCUGUGACCUUCCAGCAGUCACUUUCUUUACCUGCUUUUUGUUAUUCAGCUUCCUUGAUACUUGCUUUGUCUCUCCUAACUCUUCACACAUCUGAUGUGCAUCUUUAUAGGUAAUGUAUUCCAUUUAUUGAGCCUUUAAAUAAAGUUUGGUUCCAGUUUGGUUUAUUUGUAAUACA